AAAAUAAUAAUUGGGGACCUUCGUUUACGACGGUUCCUCUGGAUUCCCUAGGUCCCCGCGCACCACUCUCCCCUCUCUCACGAGUCACCAAGCAAGACGACUGCCUCGGUGUUAGUUUAAUAAGAGAUAAAGGUAAUUAAAAAAAAGGAAAAGGAAAAGAUUUAAUUGUUAACAGAGAGACGAAGGAGAUGGCCAUGGAGUUUGAAGGAAACCCAUCAGCGAUGGGUUAUCGCAUGCCUGCAGAGUGGCAGCCCCAUCAGCAGUGUUGGAUGGGUUGGCCUGAACGCCCGGAUAAUUGGAGAGAGAAUGCGCUCUUUGGUCAACGUGCAUUUGUUGAAAUAGCAACUGCAAUUUCACAGUUUGAGCCUGUUACAGUUUGUGCGAGCGCUGCUCAGUAUGAGACGGCGUGCAAUUUAUUGCAAAAUAGAAAGAACAUAAGAAUUGUGGAGAUGAGCAUGAAUGAUGCUUGGUUUCGUGACUCUGGACCCACUUUUGUUGUCUGUGAUAAGGAAUCAAUUCCCAAAGAACACCGGGUUGCGGGGAUCACCUGGACUUUCAAUUGCUGGGGAGGACCUGCGGAAGGCUGUUACAGUGAUUGGAGUCUUGAUCUUCUUGUUGGCAGAAAGAUUUUGGGCUUGGAGAGGCUCCCUAGAUUUCCGCAUCAGAUGGUUCUCGAGGGUGGAAGCAUUCAUGUAGAUGGAGAAGGUACUUGCAUCACAACUGAAGAAUGCUUACUAAAUCCAAAUCGGAACCCUGAUAUGAGCAAGGAAGAAAUAGAGAAUGAACUGAAGAUGUACCUUGGUGUCAGAAAAGUCAUUUGGUUGCCUAGAGGACUCUAUGGUGAUGACGAUACCAAUGGUCACAUUGACAAUUUGUGCUGUUUUGUUAAACCUGCUGUUGUUCUUUUGUCAUGGACUGAUGACAAAAAGGAUCCUCAGUAUGAGCGUUCAGUUGAGGCUUUGUCAGUUUUCUCAAGCGCAACUGAUGCUAAUGGACGGAAAAUAGAAGUAAUAAAGCUUCACGUGCCUGGUCCACUUUAUAUGACUGAUGAAGAAGCUAAUGGAAUUCAAAAUGUGGACGAGACUGCAAUACCAAGAUUAGCAGGUGCAAGAUUAGCUGCUUCUUAUGUCAACUUUUACAUAGCCAAUGGAGGAAUCAUUGCACCAGCUUUUGGUGAUGAGAAGUGGGAUAAAGAGGCUUUUCAUGUCCUCUCAUCGGCAUUUCCUGAACACAAGGUGGUAAUGAUUCAAACUGCAAGAGAGAUAUGUCUGGGAGGUGGAAAUGUACACUGCAUUACACAGCAACAGCCAGCUAUUCCUACCAUCAAAAUGAACAAUAAGGCCUAAGAUGAAUGAGUAUUAAUUAAAACUAUGAACUAUUGUUCUUGUUGUUAUAUGCUCAUUGUACAAUUAUUCUUCUUGACCAAAAUAAAUUGACAACAAAAUUGUAUCUCGAAGAAAAGCUGAGACUGCGCUCAUCCGUCUUUUGGUCAGUCCUGUGAAGUAUUAACAUCCUAAAUUUUUGCUUCAAUUUCACUUGUACUUUUAAGGGGUCCAUAAUGAAAGAAAUUUGUGAACUAA